UGCUAAAUAAAUGAUUUUGGAUGGUACAAGAAGAUUUUAAAGGUUUCGAUGAGCUUAAGGGGUAAUUUGUUUUAAAAGUUGAUAACACCAUUAGUUGAACUGUCAAAAUUGUUUAGCUUGGUGUAAUUGGGUUUUACAAGACAAGAUUAAAUUUUUGAUUUCUCCCUUUGAUAUCAAGUCUUGGUUUCCUUCUGGAGUUUUAAUUGUUUUUGUGACUUGAUACUUACUUCACCAUGGCAGAUAAAUUGACCCUUGGCAGGCUUGCUAUGAAAGAUAGGUCUACAGCUCAUUUACGAGUAUAUGUAGGGGGGCUAACAGAAAAGGACACUGUUGAUGAAGUAUAUGAGCAUUUCAUAGGCUACGGCCAAAUCAAUGGCAUAAUCGUAAACAGAAACUUUGGUUUUGUACAAUUUGAGCUUGAAUCAAGUGCUCAGGACGCUAUUGCUAAAGCGAAUGGUAGAAUGUUUAAAGGGAAAAUAUUAUCAGUAAAAACUGCACAGACUACAGACAAAAGAUAUGACACAAGUGAAAGUGCCACACAACAGGAAGCCCCAUCUGCAUUACAGAAUGAUAACUCCCAAACUGGGAAUGAAGAAUAUGAUGAACCUUAUGAUGUAUAUGGAAAUUUUGUUGAUCCAAAUUAUAGAGAUGAAGAAGUAGACAGUAAUCACACCUGGGCAGAAAAUAAUGGUAAUGUUGAAAGUCGUGGGAGAGGGCGCGGGCGCGGCCUGCCUCGCGGGAGAGGUCGCGGAGUGCGCGGGAGGGGCGCCGCAGCCUUCCGAGACUGCUCUCCGAUGGACAGGAAUGUAUCAGGGAGUGGCGAUUGGCCGGAACGUGGUUACGAACGAUAUUCUCAACCGAUUCCCGAAUACCCGAGAGCAAUACCCGUCUCAGAAAGAAACGACUGUGAAAUAAUUGUAGUUUCCAAAUCGCUCACGGAAUACGCAGAAUACAUUGAAAGUCGAUUGAAAAGAUUGGGGAUCGUUGUCGAUUUGUUAUUUCCUAUGGAAGAUGUGCCUAUUGGCAAAGUAUUAGGUAACAUCGCUUCGCGUGGUUGCCUUUACGCUAUUUUGGUUAUGCCACAAAACCAAGAACACAGAUCUCUAACUCUGACUAUACUGCAUGGACUCCCUCAAGAGCAUCGUAAUAUGCCGCUAGAAGACGCACUGCAGCUACUAUCAAGGAAUUUCCAAGAGGUGCAGCGCGGAGGUCCGUCUGGCAGAGAGGCGGUGUACGCGCUACUAGGACAGCUCGCAGAUGGACGCACCCUUACCGUUCUGCAAUAUGAUAAAGUCAUGGAAUAUCUACAGGAACGCCGAGAGCAACAAGUAAAAAUUGAAUUAGGAGAGCCGCUGAAUGCUCCCGCGAGCAAAACCCAAGUCGACCUACAGCAACGCAUUCUCAGUAUAUUGAAUGAUAAGAAGGUGACGCCAGCGGCGGACACUCCUCGCGUACCGUCUCCACCGCCCACUCAACCCACUUCGAAUAAGUUAUUAAAUGACCCUACUGUAAGAAAAGCAUUAGAUUCUAUAUUGCAAAAAUUUGUAUGAACAUUAAGCCAAAUAAAUAGCCCAUGUUUUGGGACAAA